GACAUUGAUCAGUAUAUUUUGUACUGAAACAAGGUAGCAGUUGCUCUAAAAGAAUAGUUCUUUUUUUUAAGUGAAAAUGAACUACAGUAGUUUGCUAUGUUUAAUUUAUUUGCUGAAGUGUGCAUGGAUUGUAAAUGCACGCCAAUUCAGAGUUACAGAUCAAGUCUAUUUAGAUAUACAAGAUGAAGAUAAACCACUGGGUAGAGUUGUAAUAGGCUUAUUUGGUGACUUGGCACCUAAAGCUGUUAAAAACUUUAAAGUUCUUGCCACUAAAGGCAUUAAAGGAAAAUCUUACAAGGGAACAUCUUUUAAUCGAAUAAUCAAAAGGUUUAUGGUGCAAGGUGGCGAUGUUGUAUCGGAUGAUGGCAGAGGUUCAAUAAGUAUUUACGGAGAAACAUUCCCUGAUGAGAAUUUAGACACUGAACACAGCAUCGCAGGGUUUGUGUCUAUGGCGAAUAAAGGUAAAGAUACAAAUGGCUGCCAAUUUAUCAUAACAACUACUGGAACACCUUGGUUGGACAAUUUGCAUACUGUAAUAGGAAAGGUGGUGGAAGGUCAGAAUGUGGUCCAUUUACUGGAGCAUACUCCUACGGAUGUGGAUGAUCGGCCAACGCGUCAUGUGUAUAUUGCUGACUGUGGUAUCGUCCCCACUCUCGAACCUUACUAUAUCUCUGAUGAUCCAUAUGAUCUUUGGGCCUGGUUAAGAGCAUCGGCAGUGCCGCUAACGAUGUCGUUCUCUAUUCUGGGAUUCUUCCACUGGAUGAUGCGGAAAAUGGAAAUUUAAAUAGGUACCUAUUUUACAAUCGUUUUUUAACGUUCGCCUAUGUUAUUCUAUUCAGCAAGAAUACAUACAUGAUAUCUGUAUCUUAAAAUGCGAUAGUUAUAUUAUUAUUGUGUUUAAUGUUAUAGUAGGUAAAUUUUAUAAUAAUACAUUUUAUAAAACAUAUUCUGACUUAUGUAAUAUGUAUUUAAUGAAUCUAAUUAAAGUAUCUGUACUACUAUCA